AUGACUCUUUAGACUAUACCUCAACUCUUUAUCUAAGGCUUUUAUAACACAGAAAUAGGUGCUUGGGGUGGAUUUAAUGUGUUCAGUUAUAUAUUGUUAGUUAGUAAUUUAUUCUAUUACUUUUCUGAAUUAUAAUUCAUAGUAUUCACUACAACAUAUAGAUAGAUGUAAACAGAGCUACAAUUUAAAUUGAAAAAAAUUAAGUUAAAGUUAAUUUAAGAAACAAAACAAUUAAUAAAAUCAGAUUUAAAAUAUAUUGGAUUUGUUAAAGCUUUUUAUUUUCAUAUUGAUCCAAGUACAUCUUAAUCCUUAAAUGAUAUUAUAUAUUCAGCACUUAUUAAAAGAAAAGGUGUAUGGUUUAAAUAAUAAAAUUCUUGA